ACAGGCACAGACUCGCUUGCUCUAUUGCUACACGAUUUGUGAUGAGUUUUUCAUCCCAUUCCUCCUUCGACGUGGACGUUUUGGUAUGCGGCGCUGGAGCUGUAGGACUGGCCAUCGUCCGGGCAUUGGCGAGGGCGGGACGGGAGGUCCUGGUGGUGGAGGCAGAGAAAAGCCCUGGGGGCUCAGCCUUCGAUGCGGUACAGUGAGGAAUGUACGACCCCCCGAG